UUUUCUCCUCGCAUUUUGCUUUUUUAGCCUUUUGGCCACCGUUUGUUCGACUCUUUCAGACCUCUUUUCUUACUCAUAAGUUCUUGCCAUUCGUUUAUAUUUACAAAAGUAACCGUCUCUUAUUCCUUCGCUUCUUCCCUGGUCGAGACUGGGUGCUCCCACGCCACAAACACAGAGACAUUCAACCAUGACUUAGUGCAUGACGUUCUCCUCCGCCGAAUAUACGAAUCUAUAUUCUUAAUAGUAAUCGCAUCCGCUCGCUGCUCUACUCUGUUCAUCAUACAUGUCCCUCGUUACCACGCACUUAUUGCGGACGCCUUAAUCUUUAAUCGAGAUGGCAGAGAUCCUCAACGUCUCACCCGUCGGGUGGGCUGGGAUGAAGAACCACUGGUGGCAGUUUGUCUUGAUUGGCAUCUUGCUGGCAAGUGUGACCUGUGGAUGUCUCUAUCUCACAUACUCCGGCUCCAACAGAUUCAUCAAAUGGUAUAAGUCGCGGCCCCGCAAAGAGGCGGUACCGGCCAAUAUAGCCCAGCAGCUGGACAAGCUUUCCAACCAACCGCUUACCCUGACCACUGCGCAUCAAAGCAAACAGAAGCCGUCUUCUGUGGGCGUCUAUCUGGGGUCUUUCCCCAGUCCGCUUACUAAGACUCACCGUCGAAUGCUCGAUCGCUGGGACCUUGCUAUUGUGGACCCCUCGAAACCUGGUGUAAUAUCUGGAAUCUCGCAGAUGCAAGGCAAGCAGUUCAUCGGUAGACUUGACCUCACGCUGCUGCUUAACCAAGAGACUACGUCAACUGCCAUCGAAAAGAUCGGUAAUGUCUUGGCUUCAAGCUUUCACCAAACGGUUUUUAGUGGGAUUCUGCUUGCGAACUGGGAAGACAAGUUCACGCCCACAGUACUAGUGAAAUUGGCCGAGGCAAUCAACAAUCUUGGCCUGGCCGUAUAUCUGGAGACAGCCCCGCCAAAAUUCCUCCAAGACCGUGAUGUUCUGCAGACUGCUGCUAUCUCAGGACUUGUCAUCAAGAAUGCGAGCAUUCUUCCUGACGGCCAGAAGCGUGACUACUUCCAACUCGACAAUCUACACCCAACUAUCAAAGCAUUCGUCUCCGAGGCUUGUAUGCGUGAUUUUUUGGUUAUAGCUUGGGAGACCAUUGACGACAAUGCCAUUCUCUCCAAUGCCGUUAUCCAAAGAUCGAUGCAGUGGUGCAACUUCUACAGUGCAAUUCCGUGGAUAGGCCGCACAUCUGCGCUCGAGAACGCUGCUCUCAAUGUCAAGAUCUUGGAGCCUCUUUCCUCUUUUGGAUGGUUGAAAGACGCUGAAAUCAUGAAGGCCCAUGACCGCUGGCGCACAAAUCUCCACAUCGAGCGCGAAUCUAUUCCCAAUAACUCCUGGGCUUCUUUAGUUUCGUUUUUCCCUACCUUGAAGAGACUUCUUGCAUCGUCAGAAUACCAGUCACAACUUAGCGCCAAGUCGGCACGCUCUCUCUGCGAACCUCCAGAGUGGGUUGCGCAAGUCAAGUCCCAAGGUAGCCCGUUGUCAAUCUCCAUGGCUGGCGCUGAGUUCAAGGAGCUAGGAUGCUUUCCUCUAGGAUCUGAGACCACACCCUUGGCUUUCGCUGAGAUUCUGCAAUCUCAGCAACGACUGAAGUCGCAUAACCUGCUCCACCCCGUUCCUACAGCGAAACUUCAAAGCAUGGGAGUUCUUCUUAGGCAGUUCCAUGACAAUUUGACCUCCUGUGACUGGAGCCCAUCUGAACAGCUCGCAGCAGCGAUCAAGCAACUUGCGACAUUCGCCUCCACCGACCAAUUGCGAGUGUAUCUCGGAUUAGACUCGGGUCUUCGCAAGAGUACCGAAGUCCGAUUCUGGGGCGUGUAUCAGAUGGAUGCGGAUGGUAUCGAUAUCUUCUUGUCCAAGAAUGCUCAUGGGCUAAUGGGUACCGUCCUACACACGUUUCUAUCGGCAAAAGGGUUUCCGCGCCAUAUCUGCUUCGAGGCAGAAACCGCUCUAGCAGAAUGGUCAAAGGACCUGGUCGAGGGCGUCGGUCUACCCCGUCGCAUCGUACAGGAUAUUGACGCCUUGAGUCCAGAAGAGCGUCUCCUUUUGUUGCAGCAUCUGUCUCUGACUGACGCUGCGAGUAAGAUGUCUGAAGAGAUUUGCGCUUAUAUCCGCAGGCAACUCAUCGACAUGCCUUCCCUGACCCAACUCAAGGAGUUAAAUACUACUGCUUACCUUGAGGGAUCGGCUACUCCUGAAAUGGUGGUCGAUACCCGUCUCACCUGGUAUAAAGAGCAGGGCUGUCGAUUCCCCUCGGCUGCUCUCUGUCUCGAGUUGUUCAACGAGGCUGAAUCUGUCUUCACUAACAUUCUGCGAGAACGAAGAGAGCAAGAUCUUGCUCAAAUUUCCCAGGCACUGUGCCAGCUCGUUCAAGGCUCCUCUAUUGAUGCUCACACGGACAUGAUGGUUCUCUCUCUGUUCUGCGCAGCAAGGAAGGGUGCCUUGGAUGAAAUCUAUACAGAAGUCACCGACCGAAACCCGCUCUUCAACAAUCAGUCCGACCAAGCCGCUGCUUUCGCCGAAUCCUUUGCCCUUGGAUCUCGUUGCGAGGCCUACUUUGACCUGGUUCCCAGUGCUUUCGGAAAGCUGCUGUCAAAUCGUUUCCGCAAGAGUUACACAAACGAGAAACUGCCCAGUUGGAUCAAUGGUGCUCCUGAUAUGGCUACGUCGUACGCUGGCGCACAAAUCGAUGUCAACCCAGCUCACAAGGUCAAGCCCAUGCGUGGCUACCAGCGUUUCACGUUCCUCAGUGUCUUUGCUUUCCCUGCGCUGAUUGAUAUCAUCUUGCUCACUAUCAUCGGACGCGGGCUGUACCUCUCUGCUUUCAUGACUUAUGACGAGCAGCAGAGCGCUACCAUCGCCUUGAUGAUCUCGCUUCUGCUGUCUGGUGCUAUUGGAACUUGGAUCGCUUGUGGAGGUCCCUAUUAUCUGAUCUCAAUGGCAUUCGCUGCCGCUAACAUGUUUGUUCUCAUCCGACUGAUUGCGGGAAUCGCCUUCACAGUUGCCGGAGGUCUCAUCGGGUUUAUUGCCAUCUCUGCCACGGAGAGCGCACGGGCGGGAAUCAUCUUUUACUUGUAUUUGAUUGCAUUGACCAUCUACUUUUCCUCCUUCGCUUCCCUCGCCAGCUUCAGCUAUCCUGGGUCGACUUUCCUAUCAGGCCGCAAAAUCAUCUUUGCGUGUGUUCCCAUCCUGUUCAUCUCGCCUAUCGUUACAACUUUCACGGGUCACGAUUCAGCCAUCUACCUCGCAGUGAUCUAUGUCUUCAUCAUUGUCCUACUCUUUGGUCUACGAUCCAUUGCUUCCAAGUGGGUCACUUGGUACCAAAGCUUGAGAAGGACUGAUGACACAGAAAUUCGCAAAUGGUACAUUGCCACCUAUGGCAAUAACGAUGAGAAGGUCUUCGGAAACCUCAGCGAUCCCGCUGUUUUGAAGCUGUCCAGAGAGGCACUCCUAAGGGACGUCAUGGCGGAAAAAAACCGCCGCUUCUAUACCAAACCCACAACAGAUAAACUGGUUCUUGAGCUAGCUAGGGACUGGGAUGCCACCAACUUCCUCCUGGACUGGUACUGCAGAUAUGCGGAUGUGCCCAGGCCGAUUCCUUUCAGCUCUUCUUGGAACAUUCAAACCAAAGUCGGUCUGGAUGUGCUCAGAAACUCCCAGAAGGGAAUUCGGUUGCACAAUGCUUUCAUCCAGUGGCGGCAAUCUAGCAGAGAAAUUGGCUGCGGUGUCCUCUAUUUCAUCGUGGCUCUCCUGGAUAAGUGGGUGCAGCUUUUGUCUGGUGGCCACGGCGUCGGUUUGUUGUCCGCUGCCGUUACGGAUUCCCAGAGAAUGGCUGUAGGAUUCGGCCUAGCAUAUUAUCUUAUUGGAGCUGUUCUCAUUGACACCAAGGCUCAAGAGCUGCACGACCUCGUUGGUCAGCACUCAGCUGUAGCCGUCCAUAUGUCAAAGGAUAUCCGCGUGGCACAAAAACGGGACGUGCGCUUUAAGAGGAAGAUCUAUUGGAAAACCCUGUUCAAGUUCCUCAUGUGGCAUGUGUGGAGUCUUGCUCUUGCUACAGCUCUACUAUGGACCUUCCAGUCUACCAUCGAAGCUAUGAUCAUGUUCUGUGCCUAUGUUCUGGCUUACACUGGGUUGCUCUGGUACCAAUAUACCAAGAUUUUCUCUGGUCCUCACGCCUUCAAGACCCUUCUCAUCGGAUGUGGUGUCGGCUUGACCGUUGGUAUCGCCCUCAGGGUUCACUUGCCGGGUUUUCUCUACUCUCAGGUCAUUGGGCUUGGCUCGGCCACUUGGAUUGUCGCUUUCCUCUCCCUUUUCUCUGCCAAGAUGGGCAUGCCUAAGAAGGUCGACUCGCCUGUCGAACUCGGCAAGACGUUCCAUGCGUACACGGCUCCAUGGGCCGACCCCGAGUGGUCUCAGCAAGAAUUGCAAACCUUCUACGAAAGAAUCGCGCAAAUACCUUCGGACGCACGCUUGAAGCUGGGUCCACAAAACCACCCUGGUGUCGAAGUCAAGGAAAUUCUGCUUUCUCGCAGAAAGGAGGUCAGAAUCGAGGAAGCUUUUCCUAGGGCAGAGGAGCUUAUCAAUCUGGCCCUCGGAGCGUGGGGAAAGGGAGACAUUACUGUGGAGCUUGUCCCUUUGGGGUCACUUGGCCCUGGUAUCCACGCACUCAGCUGCAGCACAACGACACACCUAAGUAUUGCCAUUGGUGUUGGACGUGGAUUGGACCAGCGCAUCGAUGUCAGUGCCAAUUGUCAGGUCAUUGCCGAGACAUUGCUCCACGCUGUCGCGGAGUCCAUGCUGCACGUCCCCCACGAGUAUGCUAUCCUGUCCGAGUCUCUUGUCACGGCGGGUGUGACUGAAACCAUGGCUCGCCAACUGCGAGCAGAACCUAACACCUCAGCUGUGAUUCGCUGGGCUAAGAAGGAACUACUCAAACAUUUGUGCCUCGGAUUUGAAUGUGAUGCCCACUGGGAGAAGUUACCCAAAGAUAUCAGGAACUCUCUCUUGAACCGCUGCCUUGGUCAACCCGGGCAGCUGUCAAGUGAGGACCGGAAAUGGCUCGAGGAACGCCUUUGUCGGUUCGACACGAACGAUCUUGACGUUCACGUAGCGCGCUGCAAUCUUGGGGCUGCUACAGCUGUCAGCAUCCUCGAUUAUGCACACUACGGCACGGGUGAAGCCGUUGUAUUCCAGGACCCAGAGACACCGGACUACAUUCCUUAUGUGUCCAAGAAGCUUCCCGCAAUUGUUCAUCUCUUUACAAAGACUUGGUACUCGUUUUAUUACUCGCUAGCAGCCACUAUCAAGUUCAUCGUCGUUGCUCUUAUCGCUGAACCUGAAUUUCAACGGGAGUUCGAUCAUGUCAUGAGUCAUCGUCACGCUAUCAUCCGUGUGCCGGUCACCCUGGCAUUGAGCUCGCUUUGGUCAUAUUCUAGGAUCGUGCAGAACCUGGGUCUCUCGUUCUUCUUAUUCUACGGCCGCAGCAAUGUGAAGCAGCUCUGGAAUGAAACCAAGGGAAUGACUAUCAGUAUCAAGAAGAGCCGUUUUGUGAUUCAGAGUCUGGAUGGAACAUUCUCUGCUUUCAAGCACGAUGAAGCCGAUGGGGGUUUCAAGAUCUACUACUAUGCGGGACAGCACAAGACAGAGCCGGAAGGAACGAAAAGUCUCAGCUAUGUCUGCGUCUACUCCAAGGACAUGUUGCUUAUGGUGAGACAGGAGUUUAAGGGUGGAAAGGUGAUCAACGAGUACCAUUAUGAUUAUCGUGCCCCAUCCAAGAAGGGUUUCUCAUUGUCUAAGCUUUCUUCCGCCAAAAUUCCGAUGGGCCGACGUUGUGUUCGCGGAGAAAAUCACCUACAGAGCGUGCAGUAUAACAAGAAGGGUCUCAUCGAAGCAGGAUCUUACAUGAAGGAUGGUAACCUCAUUCGCUUCAAGUAUCACUACCGCAAGAACCCUCGGUUUGGAGACGAGCUACUUCGAGCCGAGUUUGCUCUCUCGCACAUCACAUGCACUGUCUCUUGGUGCGCACCUCCUCUUCGUCAUCCCCAGAAGGUCGAUCGCUGGAUACCCCAUUCCAAGGUGACAGAAGCGUCUUUCGUUCAAGGCGCAGACGUCUAUGAGUCUCGCUGGCUAUACGAUCACAAGUUCCAUCCCACGAUCUUCACCACUCUCAAUGGACAAAAGAUACAGACCCCGCCAAUGAUCGAGCACGAUUACCUCGCUGUUCUUGCGAAGCCUCGCUACACGAGCUUUGUGCAUGACAACCCUCUCUUGUAUUGCGACAGCCUUAGCUCAAGUAUCUUCACCCGGUUCUUCGGCUUGACAACAAAACGCUUCCCUGUGUCUACCUCUCGUGCACGUUCGUUGAUCUGGAAGGCUUGGAAGGACCGUGUGGACUUCGAUGGCAUUAUUGUCCGGUGGAUGGACGAACGACUUCUGAGAAGAGACAAGACACUUACACCCUACUGGCGCAGUAGAGAUCGCGGCAAUCUUGCCGCGGCCAAGAAGUACCUGGAUUUACGUGCCGAUACCAUCACGGCCAGUGCCGAUCUGGAUGACAACAUUUCCAGCUGGACUCCACUAGCCGUCAAGAUUAGUGACUUGUUCAAUUUUGGGCCAGGUGGUGAUGCUGUUGUCAACACAAGAUCCAAGGACUUCGGCUCUGAUACCGAGAAGUCACUGCACGUCAUGGCUGCUGAUACCGGUACCUGGCCAAACGAAGGAGGUGGUGUUUCUGCAUGCCGCCGUGAUAUGAUCAACUCUCUGCGAACCAUCAAAUGGCACAUGAUCUGUGAGGCUGCGAACGACUUCGGUGUUCCUAAGCAUCAGACAGAGCAGAACAUUCUGUCUCUCAAAGUGGUUCCUCUCUGGGGUCUCGAUUUCCUCACACCCACGCAUGGUCUAUUCAAGAACAAGCUUGAUUCCGAAGUAGAGAACGUUACUUCCGCCAGCGAGAUGGAUAUCAAGAUGAACUUCAUCCCAAUCCUGACAGCCUUGGUGAAAGGCGCCCGCGCUGUUCGCCUGUCCAAGGCUGAUAUCCAGCAGGCAACUAGAGCCUUGGUGAACCUCAACACCUACUUCCAGGACUCGCGCCAUUGGACUCAGAUCUGGAACAGUGAGAUUGUCAAGGAAAGUUGGCGCGAUCUCUGGCUUACUCAGGAGAUGCCCAACGCUACCCCUUCGUCUGAAUGGUACGAAACUGAGCUUCCCACCUUAGCGUCUCUUGACAUAGCUCUGGAACUCUGGUAUCGGUAUCUGUUUAUCUUCUCCAUCCCGAUUCCCGAGAAGAUCCCCAACGUGUUCCAGGCAUCACAUCACAGCGUGAGUGCGUCCUACGGAGUCGUGUGCAAGAUCAAGAGAAACUGUACAUUGCAAAUUUGGGAUCAUGCCAUCAGCUGGCGUGAGACGAACCUCUGUCUCUCCUCUGCCCUCUGCAAGCUUUCACCUUUUGUUCGCAAUUGUCUCUUGGGCUUGAUGCGAGUCACGUCUGUUCUCACGCUGCACCAUGCCGAUAUCAUCCUGCCAUGUGCCGACUUCUUCAACCCAGGCUGGGAAGUUGAGAUUGGCACCUGUCAAGGCACCAUUGAACACCGCAAUGUCUUCCGUCGCAAGGUCGAUCCCGUCGUCAAUGGUAUCACCGACAUGCAGAAGUUCGCUCCUGUGAAGGAGAUCAAAUCGCAGCGCCCUACAGUCACCAUGCUGUCGCACGUUUGGUAUGCCAAGGACAUCAAGACAGCGCUUCUUGCCGCCGAUAUCAUCAUCAACCAAUGGAAAUUCGAUGACUACCAUCUUGACAUUUACGGAGCCAUCGACAAGGCCCCAACAUACUCCACAGAAUGUCAAGAAAUCAUUGCUUCCAAGGGUCUCCGUGGCAGAGUCACUCUGCGUGGUAGUGCUGACCCAAUGAAGGUGCUGGAAAACACUUGGCUCUUCCUGAACUCGUCUCUGUCUGAAGGUCUACCACUGGCGCUGGGAGAAGCUGCGCUUACUGGUGCGCCUGUUGUCUGUACCGAUGUCGGAGCGUCCCUUCGUGUGUUGAGUGAUCCUGAUGACUUCUCCCGCUUCAGCGCUGUGGUUGCUCCCAACGAUGCCUUGGCACUCGCUCGAGCGCAGAUCACGAUGCUUGGACUUCUUGGAGAAUGGAGUCAGUAUGCUGACGACACCGAGCCAGCUCCAGUCCUGACAUCUUCGCCUACUCCCGAGGACGUUGCCAAGAUCACGCGUCGCAUGUAUGAAAAGAGUGAGCACCGCCGCAAGUUGGGUAUGAUGACCCGCAAGAUCGUGCAGAAGUCGUUCAGCGGUGAUCGAUACCUUCGCGAGCACGAGCAGAUGCUCUGGAUUGGAAAGUCUGCUAAGAUCAUGGCCAAUCGCCCUAACGCCGCUCUCAGCGAGCCCGCCGAUGUUGCCACCGCUCUACAGCAGACUAUGACCAUUGAUGAAGAAGUGAUCACCAUCCCACGCAGUGCUGUCAACUCCUGGCGCUCCUCAGCCGCUUCGGGCGUGUCAAGCUUCUACAGCUCUGUUUCCAACUUCCCUAUGCUCAAUGCCAACCAGCGCCCUUCGUCAAUCCGCUCCAGCUUCAGCAAUGCUUCCACCGACGCCAGCUCGUUCCUUCCUCUCCCGAGCAAUGCCUCUCUGCCUGUCUUUGCGCCCCGCCAAACCCUCUCUUUCUCCGGUCUCACGGGUAACAAGUCGUCCACCGGUCACCUUUCCCCGACCGGCCGGCGCUCCCCCGUGCUCAAUCGGAGCGGGCAUCGCUCUCGCUCGCACUCGCUUUCUACUGCUGGUCGGGAGCAGCUGCGGGGGCUUCAGCGCGAGGACCUACGGCAAUACCGUAACUCGGACGUGAGUCUGGUGAUGCGAGACGAGUUUCUCCAAUCCAGCUACUUCCGAGGUCAAGACGGUGGCAACAAUGUCUGAUUGACUGCUACUUCCUCUUAUUCCUUACCGCUGCCAAGUCGAGCCCAUACCCCCUUUUCCCCUAGCUCGAUGCACACUUCUCAACCUGUCCAUACCUCUUGAUUUUCCACAUAUAUUGGGAUAUCCCUGUUGUCUGUACUGUACAUAUUCUCGCGCAUUACUGUUUCAUGUUUUGUGACUGCAUAGCUUCCGUAUCACCAACCCCAUACACGUUUCUCGCUUUUUAAAAAAACACACAUUGCGAUUCAGCCAUACAUGCUUGCACCCCAUACCUCAUUGUAUAAAAAUCGCACCCGAUGGGGUAACAAUUGCUGGAACGUCACUGUCGUUGAUAGACUAAAUAUAUCACC